UUUCAAAAGCAGAAGAUAUAUUUAUUUUGUAUUUAUAUGAUUGUUUUUAUCAUAGCAUUAAUUUGAAACAAAUUUCAAAAGAUAUUUUUGUAAUUUAAAUUUUUAAACAGUUUUUAAUUCAUUUAAUCGUUUUGCGAUAAACCAUAAAAUGGGGAGUAAAUUGAACUUCUGAAAUGACUUAAUUUUCGCUCUGAAAAUGUGGAAUUUAACUAAAAUAUCCCCUUGUAUUCCAGUUAUAAGCAGAACAACCAAUAAUCUCUGUUGGAGAGCCGGCUUGUAUAAGAGUUACUCUACUUGCCAUCACGACCGUAUGAAAACGCAAAUACUGCAAUCAUCUAAUGUCUACAACACUGCUAUAAAAAAAUAUUUCUCAUCAUUUCUCAAUGGCCAGAAUAAACAUGUAUCUCAAGGUUUUGAUGUGCAUCCUUUGAUGCUUCAAAGAAAAUUUUUGAAAAGAAGCUAUAAACCUGUUCUAUUUCGCUCAACAUCAACCAGGCGAGGCUCAAAAGAUGCACAUCGUAAACGGACUAUUCUAAUUUAUGUUUGUUCUGUUGGUAUUUUCAUGGUUGGAAUGAGUUAUGCAGGGGUUCCACUCUAUCGGCUAUUCUGUCAGGCCACUGGACUAGGCGGUCAAGCAGUUGCGGGACAUGAUAAUAGUCGAGUGGAAAGUAUGAAUAAAGUCACCAACAGAAGUAUUUUAGUACGAUUUAAUGCUGAUGUCUCUUCAAGUAUGCAGUGGAAUUUUCGUCCCCACCAGCCAUCUGUGAGAGUUUUACCUGGAGAAACAGCUUUGGCUUUCUAUUCAGCAAAGAAUCCAACUGAUAAACCUAUUAUCGGUAUAUCUACUUAUAAUAUUAUUCCAUAUGAAGCUGCAAUGUAUUUUAAUAAGAUUCAGUGUUUCUGUUUUGAAGAACAACGAUUGAAUCCUCAUGAGCAGGUAGAUAUGCCAGUAUUUUUCUACAUUGAUCCAGAUUUUGUGGAGGACCCUAAACUGGAAAACGUUGACACAAUAACACUGUCUUACACAUUUUUUGAAGCGAAAGACGGACUUAAGCUACCGAUGCCUAACUAUAUCACCAGUUAAAAGUACACUUCCAUUAUGCAUACCACCUUUGGCAGUGAGUUUCUGCCAACUGUACUUAUGUUAUUUACGAUGUUGUUUUGAUUAUGGUUUAUAUUACAGUAUAUGAGAAAUAAAUGUGCUUAGCAUAAUUAUCUGCUACCCAUGGCAUGAUAUAUGAAACAAGUUACACUUUUUACUUCGUAGAUACUGGUUUCUUUCUGUGACUGCUCUACACUAAAUGAUUUAUGGCUUUUUGCUGUAUGUUUGGUGUAUUUGCAAAGAAGUGAAUUUUAGAUAGCAAUAGGGAUGAAAUUGAUAUAAUGAAACCUUCUGAAAAUGUAAUCCUUAUUUUAUUUUUUUUUGUAAGCUAUCUUUAUAGUUGAAAAUAUAUACAUAUAUUUCUGCAAAUUAUAUGUAUAUAUAUAUAUAUAAUAUUAGAAUCAUAAAAU